UGUCCCUGGUGCUGACAGUCCCCGACGGGGCCGGGGGAGGAGGACCCGGGGCGGAAGCGUCCUGGGAAGGGUCGGGCACAUGAUCCGCAUCCCACAUGACAAGGAAAGAAACGGGCGGCAGCAGCCUGCCCUACGAAACGUCAUUUUUUCCCCCUCCGUCAAAGAAGAAGGGUAGAACACCCCCUCCCCCCUCCUCAAUCAGGUUUACAAAUCGCCGGACAGAGGCUGCUGCAGAUGGGAAUAUUCUCCGUGGGUUUCACCUUCCUAUAGGUGCCUUCAUCUGGGAUAACAAAGGGAAGAAGGACGGAAACGAGGAGAAAGGACGGGAACGACGCCUCUGGGAUUAUGCUUUGGAGCAGACUGAGCAAAAGACCUGCUGGGAUUUGCCGAUAGCAUGGACAACAGCAGCGGUCCUUUCGUUCUCCCCACCCUACUGCUCCUGCUGCAGAACAAGAGCUACCCUGAAGCCUCCAUCCCUCCUGCUGGCUACAGCAUGACAGAGUCGCCCCCAGGAGCCAGCUCCAGCAGGAACCACAGCGUUCUGCAGCCUGCACUGCGGCCGGGGGAAAUCGCAGCAGCCAGCGUGGUGUUGGGAGUGCUAUGGCUGGUUUCCUUCUUCGGCAACUCCCUCGUUUGCUUAGUGAUCCACAGGAGCAGGAGGACACAAUCCACCACCAACUAUUUUGUGGUCUCCAUGGCUUGUGCAGACCUGCUGAUCAGCGUGGCGAGUGUGCCUUUCGUGCUGCUGCAGUUCGCCCACGGCAGGUGGGUGCUGGGCAGUGCGAUGUGCAAGCUGGUCAGGUACAUCCAGUACCUCACCCCCGGGGUGCAGAUGGGUGUGCUCCUCUCCAUCUGCCUGGAUCGCUUCUACACCAUCGUCUACCCCCUCAGCUUCAAAGUGUCCAGGGAGAAAGCCAAGAAAAUGAUUCUGGCCUCUUGGCUCUUUGAGGCUCUGUUUGCAUCUCCGGCUUUCUUCUUCUAUGGCUCCAACAGCGAUGACCACUGCAACUUCUUCCUCCCUGCCACUUGGGAAGGAGCCCUCUACGGUGUCAUCCACCUCCUGGUGGUGUUCUUGAUCCCUUCCCUCCUCAUUAUCCUCUUCUACCAGAAGGUCGUCAAGCACAUUUGGAGAAUAGGCACGGAUGGCAGGACUGUCAGGAGGACAAUGAACAUUGUCCCCAGAACAAAGGUGAAAACCAUCAAGAUGUUCUUGAUGUUAAAUGCGGUGUUUCUCCUCUCCUGGCUCCCUUUUUACGUGGUGCAGCUGUGGCACCCGCAGGAAACAGAGUACAGGAAGAGCUCCUUGGUUUUCCUGGCGAUCACCUGGAGCUCCUUCAGCUCUUCAGCCUCUAAGCCAACCCUCUACUCCGUGUACAACGCCAACUUCAGAAGAGGAAUGAAAGAAACCUUUUGCAUGUCUGCCAUGAAAUGCUACAGGAGCAACGCCUACACUAUCACCUCCAGCUCCAGGAUAGCCAAAACAAACCACGUUGGGAUUGCAGACAUCCCAGCUCCAGCCAAAACUGUCACCAAAGACUCAAUCUACGAAGCUUUUAACAGGGAAGCAAAGGAAAAAAAGCUUGCCUGGCCCAUUCAGUCCAAUCCCCCCAAUACAUUUGUCUAGGUGGCUCCAGUGCUCUGAAAAGUUGCUGUGUGUCCCCGGAACCAGGAGCUGUUCCCCAGUUUGAGAACCAGGAGCUGGUCCCCAGUUUGGAACCCAUUUAGGGUUACAUAUUUUUAACACAGCUUUUA